AUGCCUUUUCUAAACCGCAUUUUGUCGCCAUUCCUGUGCUGCUUUCCGGUCCAGCCACGCGAAGAGCAUCCUACGUCUGACCUUCAGACCUUACCUUCCGCUCUGCACCUUCCUGCCUCGCAGAUCCCCCACGCAGCUGGUCAGUGUCGCUCAAACCAGGCAGAUACGGAUGCCCUACACGAGCUAUUCAGAACAUCAUCCUCAAUCCGUGGCUACCGAACUGCAUCUGUCCCAUCUGGCUCCCAUGUCCAAAGAGAGCGCUCAUUUGAUGCCGACUUCAAAUUCGGCUUGCAAGAGCAUUCACGGAAACAGCCCAGCAGGUUGGAGCAGCUGGGGAACCACAUCAAGCAGAAGCUCUCAGAGUCAGGCUUGAGCAAGAGCGGCUCGAGAUCUCACAUAGCAUCUGAAGACAACGCUCACAACUCGAUUGAACCAGACAAUACAAAACUGCGGAUAAGCAACCCCGAGAUCAGCUUGAGCCAGCGCUCCACCGGCCUUCUUGAUCUCCUGCAGUCCCGAACCGCAAGCGAAGGGGGCUAUGACAGCGAUGCAAAGAGUAUACAGACAGCCAUGCUGAAGUCGAGAGAAGGGACAAUGAAGCUGAGCCCGACAAGAGCACAGACAUUACUAUCUCCCAUGGCUGCUCUGCGCCACAUCGCCACCGAUGGAGCCUAUGCAUCACCAGAAGCCAGAGAGUCAGACGACGAUGACCUCCGACCUCAACCCGACCUCAGAGUCUUGUCAUCACAUGCGUCAACGACGGCGUGCACGAAGGACUUGUCGGAGGUAGAACAGGAGUCGCCAUCAACUGAUUUGGGGCAACUGAACACUAGAGCAUCGGUAGGGGCCAUCGAGCUCCUCCCUAGUUCUGUGUCCGCGACAAUGUCUGUAUCCCCUGCGGUGGGAGCGAAAGAGCCAGAUCCGUUCACCACGGCGCCUUCGCCAAACGAAUUCUCACUUGCUGCACAGCAUGAUACAGACUUCGCUGAAAUGCUCAAGUCUCAAGGCGAUAAAAUUUCAGCCGCUAAGCGAGAGUCUCUGAUCACCAACGGGACAAACCCUCGUGCCAGCUUGAUGUCCAGUCUGGAUCCAAACUUGCUCGAAUUCAUCUCGAGAUCCGGCGAGAGCCUAUCCGCUGAUGUGGCAGGAUGCCCAUCCAAGGACCAUGGGGCUGAUGCCAUGGUUGAUCCGACGUCAGCGGUGUUGGACAACUCAGCAACCGUCAGGCCUGCGAUGCCUGCAAGAGAGAAUACUUCGAGAAGGGACGUUACUUCUCUGACCGAAUCAGAACGGAGCUCCGUUCACCUAUACAGUAUGCGAAUCUCUCAACGCCUCGCCAGCCCUUCCUUUGUUGCUACUCAAUCCAGACCAAACACGAGCUACACAACAAGCCAAGUAGCAAGGCAAGACUUUACCGAAAGACGGCCCUCGCUAGGCCGAACAUCAACGUCGGGAAACAUCGUUGGCCGCAUUACAGCUGAGCAUAACAGGAGACCAUCUGAUCCUCAGACUCGACGGCUUUUUGAAGGUGACAGAACUUGUUCAAGGCAUUCCUCCAAGAGAAAGAAUGGCUCUUUACCAGAGAGCCCAACUGCAAGCAGAAAUCCAGCACCACUACAGGGUACAGAUGAUGGUUCAUCGUCCUAUUGGAGUGACGGGGAAGUGGAACAGAAUGGGCUCCAAAGGGCUCGCACAACCAAGAGAAACCCGAACAGCAUUGCAAUUGGAGGCAGAUCUGAGUCCAUCAGUUUGCCUAUUGGGUCUAGCGUCGGUAGUCUCUCCGUGGCAGAAGAGAGCGCCUGGUUUAAGAGGAAGUCGUCACAGCAUAAACGCGGUUCUGAACCAGAUAGUCCGCUGCAAGCGUCUGCCAAGAGAAACAGAAGUGUCAGUCUGCCUGAUGGACCUACCCAUCAACCGCGCACCUGGCUUGGCCAUGCCAGUCGUCGGGUGCAGCACCCAACUGAAGCAAACGAAACAAUGAGCGUGAUUGAUGCUGAUCAGCUACAAGAUGCGAGGAAGUACAAUACGACAGAAAGCAACGCGCGUCCAGGUAAAAAUGCGGGGAUGGAGAGAUUGACAGAUCUCAGUGCACAGGCUAUUCGCGAUGCACAUGAUGAAGAUAUGAGCGAGAUCGAGCCACUUGACCGACGUCCUGGCGGAGAGGCCCGACCUGAACUGACCACAUUCUGGUCUGAUGCUGGGCCAGCCAUGCUUGGAACGGGACUUUUGAUACCAGGUAAUCGAUCCAAAUCCGAGGACCAGGAGCCACUGGAAUCUUCUUUGAAUGGAAGACCGAAUUUGCCGGAGUCCGCCACUAACUUGUGGCAAAGAACCUUCAAACGAGUACUGGAAGAGUCUGAGAAUGAUUCCUUGGGUGGUUUCCUCACAGCCCCCAGGUUCGAUCGAGAUGGCCGACGGAGGAGUACAAGGUCGAGCAUCAGUACGUUACAGCUGCCAUAUGAGCACCGCGUAUCGGAAGCGGAUGUCGAUCCGCUCGAAACUAGAGUCAAGAAUAACUCGUCGCAUCCUGUGGAGAAGAGUCUCCUCGAGGUGUGUAUGAGGAAGCCUGACCCUCUGCCAUCUGUCAAUCCUAGAAGAAGCAUUGUCAUCAUCGAGGGUCGCAAAGGUGUAUACAACACUGUUGGGCCAUCAAAGACCUCGCGAAAGAAAAGUCUACUGGACAUUGGAAGACGUUUCAGUGUGAUCGGAAGCUGUAGUGAAGCCGAGCGGACUUCGGGAGCCAGCACUCCACUGAGGGAUCUCCUGGGCCUCUGGGGUCACUUUCCGAGCCAUACAAGAGAUGACAGAUGUGGCUCGGCAGGCGCGAAAGACGGUGUUGCUGUGCGAGACUUUGGUCUUGAAUGUCAAGAUGAGAACAGUCCGUCUUGCUCAGCGGGGCACUCCAAAUUGAAUCCCGUGUUUGAUGUGCAGACGCCUGACUCCCGGAAGAUGCUAUCCUUCAGUAAAGGCCGCAUUGCCAAAGGGCAGACGAGGAGUGCUGGCUCACUGCGCGCCAUGCAAACAUCAAGGGCGCCGGCGGUACGCCUACAGAAGAGCAAGAAAGGGCUUGCCGCGCGGUGGAAGAGGUUGUACCGGAUUAGCAGCAUGGAAUUUCAAGCGUAUACGCACAAUUAUGGACACCGGAGCAGCAUCGGUGUCGGUGCGAGUGUUGAGUAUCCUGAGCUUGAAGUGGUUCCUGGAAGCAUCGGGUGGCGAUCAGACCUGGAUGGAACUGUGGAAACUGAUGAUCAGCAUCACCGAGAACGAGCAGGAUAUGUGCAGGAUCGCUUGCAGCAGCCACUGGAUACAGCGCCGUGGACCCAGGCAUACCGCGACUGUGUCGGAAGUCUUUCUGCUCUGAAGAGUGACCCACACUUGCGACGGGCGAGCGUGGAUGAUGGGCCUGGACCAGCUCAGUAUGGACAUGUGGCUCUCGGAGCCAUGCAGAGUGCCGAGUUGCGGGACAGCACUGUGGAUUUUGAGUCACAGCUUGGAAAAGAGAAGGAGGCGGCGAAGGAGGGAUUGAUCCGCAAGGUUGAAAGCAUGCAACCAUUGCGAGCCUAA